GUACCUGAUCGUCUUUCGAUCCGAUCAAAUAGUAUGGUUCGAGUAUUUUGGAUAGGAUCGAAUCCGUACGAUGAGUUUUCGGAUUAGUCGGCAUUUUUGCCCGCCCCUAACCACCAGUCGUGCAUAUGGUAUGAAAGCCUCCUCGUCUUCUUCGCCUUUGCAUUUUGCCACGCACUUGCUGUUUACUGAAGAGUGUUCAAAAGGAGAAUUUUGGGUUAAAUAUUGAUUUGUUAUUUCUGUCUUUCUGUGCAAUUUCUCAUAAAUCGGAUAUGGUUAAGGAUUUUUUUUAAAUUUAUUUGUUCAUACCCUAAAAGUCUCUGAAAAUCAUGCUGAAACCCUCCGUUCAUGGACAUCUGAUGACUCAAUACGGGUAGACUCGGCCGCUCUUUCGAGUCCCGGAGUCGACUCGGUCCGAAUCUUCCGAGUCUGAACGAGUUUUCACCGGGUCUACCGUCUCCGGUAUAUGACGGACCAGUUGCGGAAGUUGCGGUUCCUUUGGUGAGUGAAACAGUAUUGUAAGGAUUAUGAAACCGUAUCAUUCGAUGAUUCGUCGACUGGUUCCUUUCUUCUCAACUCGGAUUCGAGAAAACCACCUGAGACUCCUCAGUUCGACAUUGGCAUCAUCCUCUGCUCUCCACGAACAACCUCCUCUGCAGUCUUCGCAUUCCCAAUCUCAAUCUAUAGUUGCGGUUCACAUGACCGACAAUUGCGUCCAGAGAAUGAGGGAACUGCAAUCUCAGGAAGGCAAGGAAAAGAUGCUAAGAUAGCUAGAAGCCGGUGGCUGUUCCGGUUUUCAGUAUAACUUCUCUCUUGAUGAUAAGUGCAAUGAUGAUGACAGAAUAUUUGAGCGGGAAGGAGUCAAAUUGGUAGUUGAUAAAAUAUCUCUUGAUUUUGUAAAGGGUGCAACUGUUGAUUAUGUUGAAGAGCUUAUCCGUUCAGCUUUCCAGGUAUCUACAAACCCAAUUGCUGUGGGUGGCUGCAGCUGUAAAAGUUCCUUUGUGGUGUAGUAGUUCUCUGACAUUUGUUUUGUUUCACUAUUCAGCUUGAGUCAAGAGGUUAUUUUCAUUCUCCUUUUGGUCCUGAAUCUAUGCUACAUUUUUUUCUGUGCUCCAUUUAUUGACUCAUAAUCCUAAUUAAAUUCAUUAAUGUUGAUUUGCUGUAUGAUUACCGUAAGCAGCAGUUUUAACUUUAUAUUUAAAUUGGGGAUACUAUUCAUGACCUGUUUCACUAUAUCUUUGACUCUUGAUACAAAAUCAGUACGGAAAAAUGGGGGGCGGUGCACUGCAGGGGAAGAAAAUGGUGUCCUUUUGGUUGAGGUGAUUUCUGAAAAUAAAUGUAUUUACUGAACUUGGAGCAUUAAUUGGAAUUCCACCCAAAGUGUUUGGUAUUCUGCCAAUGUCAGAAAACAGUCAAAGAUACUUGCUCUAUGUGAGCUGUUAGGUAUGGUGUGGUUAUUCUGCUAUUGCUACUUGAUGUUCAGUUUUUCUGGUCAUGCUUCAUUUUAUUUUUCCUUUGAAGAGUUAAUCUCGUACAGAGAUAUGCCGUCUUACAACAAAAAUUUUCUUUUGUUAUCUAGGCUGCUCUUUUAUUUAUGUGUAGUAAAUGCAGCCCUAUUUGAUGAAAAUUAGGUAGGGCAUUUUGUGUGUGUGUGUGUGUGUGUUUUUUUUCUUUAAUUUCUAGGUAGCUUGGUAUUUACAAUUCCGCUAUUGUCUCAUCGAAUUUUUGGGGUUUUAUUAUUUAAACUAGAAAGGUGGACAUUAUCAAUGGACACUGGCACUGAUUUGUAGUAUGUCGCAAGGAUGGAAUCGCCUGGUAUUGACCAUUGAGUAUUGGGGGCAUCUUACAAAUGUUUUUUGGUCCUCUUUUCGGGGAGAGUUGUUAAGCUGGAUCCUUUGACAUUUGAAUCAACAUUCAAAAUUUUGGCUGCUUUAGUCUUGCUAACUGUUUGUGAAUUUCACCUUUUUAUGAGACCAAAAUUCAACCUAUGGCAAAAGGGAGAUGCAAGUGUAAUAAAGAGAAGUUGCAGCAUAGAUGUAAUUUUACAGCUAUUGUUGCAGCAAAUAGUACUCCAACUCUGGGAUUAUAAAGGCAGCAAGAUAACAAAAUAGAAAUACAAGUUUAGCAGCAAAAAGAGCAACUUAAAGAGGAAAUUAGCAGAAAAAUAUUGUAGCUUAUCAUAACAAGUUCUAAUGUUAGAAGACAUUCUAUAAUUCACCAACAUCAUUUAACAUAUAGAAUCAAUAUUAUGGUUGCGAUUGGAAGACGACAAUCAGGAUUUCAGAGCGAAAGGAAUUCAAAUAAGCUAUAUUUGCUUCCUAUGUCUAUUUGAUGUGUUGGGUAAUAGUAGUGCUAAAAAUUCUGUCUUUUAUUGCUGUAGUAAAAAAAAUGCUAUUAUAAAUGGCAAUUUUGUUAAUGAUUGCCGUGAUUCUUUUAAUUUUUUUAAUUUUCAAAUUCAUUUAUUUUUUGUGCCAAUUUUAGUUAAUCAAUUAGGAGUUUCCAAUAGGGUAACAUUGUCAAUUAGGAGUGAAAAGGGGAUGUAAAGAUAGAUAUGGCCUUGGAAAAAUCUGCCAAAGUUCCAGAUGGCUUCUUCAGUGGUGGGUUCAGAAUCUAAAAGCCACAAUAUUGAUUCAAUUGGCUUUGAGCAGGGGAGACCAUAAAAUCAAGAAGUAUUUAAGUGUUAGGGUGCAAUCUAUACUAAUUGAGGCCAAUCUAGUCACUCAUGAACUUGUUCAGUCAAAUUUUGAGGUUAAAGUUGUAUUGACGGAGUUCAGCAUUUUAUUCGAACAGUUCUAAUAAAGUGACAACUUCAAACUCGAACCUAAUAUGUGAGGCAAAAAUUUGUCAAGCUUAAUUGAGUUCAAUUGAGCUUCACGCAUAUAUACUUGAAUAUUUUUAAUAUUUAUUUGUAUGAAAUGUCUAUCAUAACCUUUGUUUAAAAUUAUAUAAAGUAUUCUUUGUUUAUGGAAUGUUUUGUAUAAAACCAUUGCUAAGUUCCUGGUGAAUAGACUUAAGCCCCUCCUGAACUAUUGCAUUAGUAAUUCUCAGGCAGCAUUUGUACCCAAUGGGCAAAUAUUAGAUAUUGUUAUCAUAGCUCGUGAGUAUAUUCACGGGCUUCAUUCUAAGAGAGGGGAAAGGUGGAGGGGGGCAGGGGAGAUGUCUCAGGCAGCAUUUGUACCCAAUGGGCAAAUAUUAGAUAUUGUUAUCACAGCUCAUGAGUAUAUUCACGGGCUUCAUUCUAAGAGAGGGGAAAGGUGGAGGGGGGCAGGGGAGAUGGCUAUAUGGCCCUUAAAUUAGAAGUGUCUAAAGCCUAUGAUAGAGUUGAGUGAAAAUUUUUGUAUGUCGUGCUUAGCAAAAUGGGCUUCUGUCCACUCUGUAUCAAAUGGAUUCAUGGCUGUCUUUCUUCUGUGUCUUACUUCUUCAAUAUAAAUGCUGUUCAAUCUGGUUACAUUUGCCUUUCUAGAGCCAUUAGGCAAGGGCACCCUCCAUUUUCUUAUCUCUUUGUGUUUUGUGCUGAGGGUCUUUCUAACCUCAUUAACAAUGCUGUCGACAAUAAUAAGCUUACUCGAGUGAAAAUUUCUAGACAAAAUCCCCCCGUAUCUCAUUUAUUUUUUGCUGCCAACUCUUGGAUCUUUUGCAAAGCUAAGCAAGACCUACAAUGCUAUGAGCAAGCCUUUGGCCAACAGAUCAAUAUUGGCAAAUCUGCUGUCUUUUUCAGCAAGAAUACCAGUCCUAGAAAUGUGGAGGAUGUGAUGCACCAGUUAGGAGGAAUACAAUAUGCAACACAAACGAAAUACCUAAGCCAAUGGUAAUUGGUAGAUCCAAGAACAGUGUGUUCAGAUUCAUAAAGGAUAACACGAGUGCCCGGGUCCAGAAUGGGAAAGGUAAACUGCGUAGCAAUGUUGGUAAGGAGGUUCUCCUGAAAUCUCUUGCUCUUCCCUCUUAUGCUAUGUCAUUAGUCAAAUUAUCUGAUAACCUCUGCAAAGUUCUUAUUGGAAUUAUGGCUAAAUUUUGGUGGGGAAAUGACCAAGGGCAAAGGAGAAUGCAUUGGAUAAAAUGGUAUGAUCUCUCUGAAAUCAAAGGUAAAGGUGGAUUCGGUUUUAGGGUAAUACAAUGUUUUAAUGUUGCCUAGCUGGCACCUAUCCAAACUUGUUGGUUAGCAAGGUGAUAAAAGGCAAGUAAUAUCCUAAAACCUUCAUUUUUGAGUCGAAUGUUAAGGCUGGUGUCUCUUGGAUGUGGCAAAGUUUACAUCGCUUCUAAAUAUGCUGGAAAGUGGUGUUUGGAAACAGGUGGGAGAUGGUAAAUCUGACAACAUAUGGGGGGAUAGGUGGGUAGGAUAUUCUAGCAAUGGGAAGAUCAUCUAAGCUAGACCAAAAGACUGCCAACUAGUGAUGGUUAAUAGGUUGAUUCAAGGAUAGCAGUGGAAUAGCAACCUGAUCCGUUCUAUGUUCUCAAAGGAAGAGGCUGAAGCUAUCUUGCAAAUUCAUUCGAGCAUCUUUGGGGAAAAAAGAUAGGUGCAGAUGGCAACACACAGCAAAUGGAUUCUGCUCAACCAAAUCAGGUUAUGCAAGGGGAUAAGAGAGAUGGAGAAAUCAUAUGCCAACAAAGCACAUGUGAACUCCAGCAGAAAUAACGAGAAAUCCAAAGUCUGGAAUCAGUUGUGGGGGUUGAACAUUAAGAGACAAAGUUAAGCAUUUUCUGUGGAAGUGCCUCCACUACAUUCUACCACUAUGAGGAGAUUUUUAGAAGAAUAGGUAAAGGAGACCCAAUGUGCAAAUGCUGUGGUGAAGCCCCUGAAACAUUGGAACAUGCUUUACUCCUGUGCAAGGCAAGAGAAUUUGCCUGGAACAUGUUCCCCAUUGUGUGGGAUGGCAUUAGUGAGCAUAAAUGGAACUUCUGGAUAUGGUGGGAAUCCAUGCAAGAAGCAAGAUCAAGAUUGGAUGGUUAGGAACACAUUGAACUCACUGCCAACUUCCUCUGGCAGCUAUGAAAAACAAUAAAUGAGUGGUCCUUCAACCAGAAGCAAAAAGACAACCAUCAAAUUUCCAAGAAAGCUGUGGGAAACUGGAUCGAAUUCAAAGAGGUUUGAUAGGAUUGCAAACAAUGCUGCUGAAGAUCACAAUCACGUGGAUGACAGUCAAGGCAUACUAGCUGAUCUUCUUAUGCAACAUGCCACCACAUGUACACUGACGCAGCCUUCAGUCAGAGUAACCCUCAAUCUGGGAUGGGAAUUGUAGCGAAAGGAAGCAAUGGCAACAUUAUCAUAACUUGGUCCAUACCAUGUACAUGUGCUAAUGAUGCAACAAUACAAGAGGCUAUUACCAUCCGGACUUCUCUAAGCUAUUGAGGAAAGCAUGAAAUAUUUAUUGAUUCUUUCCGAUUGUAAAGCUGUGGUGGAGAGAAUCAAUCAAAGCUGCAAUGGGUUGUCCCCACUGGAUGUGAUCAUUAACGACAUCAGACAGCUUAGCCGAUCGUUUUGGAAGUGUACUUUCUUUUAGUUUAAAAGAGAGAUGAACUUGUGUAGACAUGACUUAGCCAAAUUGGCUAUCUAUCUUUUACAUGAAACUUGGUGGAAGAGUCCUUUCUUAUGUGGCUUAAUAGAGAGGCCCAUAAAGAUUUCCUGACA